AUGGAUCUGGAGUUCCGCGGUGUCAUAGCACCAAAUGGGCUGCCUUCACAAGCAAGUUUGAUAACGCCCUCGGGCACCACCAGCGACUUUCGGAACACGCCGAGGCUUCCCCGGCCGAUGACAGGCUUCGAUUUCCCAAAUAGGAGUACGGAACUUUGCGAGAUGGAGAAGGUGCCCCCGCAAAUCACUGGAAAACGGCGGGGUGGUAGUAGAAAGGCCUGUAACGAGUGUAAACAGCAAAAGCUUCGAUGUGAUAUUGUUCAGACGCCGGCAGCCGCAUGUUCGCGCUGUCGGCGCCUUCAGAUAGAAUGCAAGAUUGAGCCUACAUUCAAGCGAAUCUCCAAGCGGAGACGCAACGCUGAAAUGGAAAAGGAGCUCGCAGAACUCCGUCGACGGCUCGCUAUCAAUGGCGAACGGCCUCAGACGGUGGAGGCCAAUGCCAGCGAUGAAAUGUCGCAGUGUUCAGGGGAUGAGUACUGUGGACCAGACUCCGCGCUUUCCAGUCGGAGUCGCCCUCUCUCUGCCCCCUUGGAACCGCAACCUCUGCCAGCUCCUUUGGCUUUACCCAGAGACAGUUCCAUCAUCUCCCAGGAUGACAGUCCUUGGAGGCUGGAGGAUGUCACACUCUCCAGACAACGAGUAGCACGAUUGUUUGACCAAUACUUCACGUAUUACCACCCCUUUCUGCCCCUUCUAAACCCUCAAAAGCCUCCUGAGGAGUAUCUGCGCCGCAGCCGCUUGCAAGCCUGGACGAUCAUUUGCAUCGCUAGUCGUCGAGCGCCAUCGGAACCGGGUCUUCUAAGUUCACUCACUGGGCCUUUCAGCAGGCUUCUUUGGUCGACCCUUACUGGAGUGCCUCAAGACUACCGUGUGGUCAAGGCUUUAUGCCUACUUUGCACAUGGCCGCUGCCCACAACGAGUCAAAGGACCGAUGCUACCUUUAUGCUUAGCGGACUGAUGAUGCAGAUUGCGAUGCAGCUGGGUCUGCAUCGGCCUGUCCAGGCAGAGGAGUUUACGACGUUCCGAAUGGAAGCUCAAGGAGAAGCAGUGAAGGAUCGUUUACAGACAUGGGCUAUCUGUAAUAUUGUGGCUCAGAACGUCGCAACCGGCUACGGACAGCCUCCGGGCACCAUAUAUGAUUGGGCGCUUGAACCACCAUCUCUCCGAGACGCUGAUUACAAUCCUUCGGAUGACUUGCGAAUCCGAUUGCGGAUUGAAAAGUUCUGUGACCGCGUGACAAAGGCAUUAUAUAGCGGAAAGCCUGAGCCAGCCGAAUUCAUCAGUUCGGAGAAAUUGUUAAUCGUGCAGCUUCUGGAGAGUGAACUCCGGGAGAUGGAAGUCGACUUUGGUCGAGACAUAUCACACAUCAAUAUGAUCCAUCUGCGAGCCGCGGAGUUGCACCUGAGAUACUUUGUGUUCCUUGGUUCUAAUCCACGAGGUGAAGAUUUGACAAAGCUUUUCAUCGCCACGACGUCAUUCCUCGGACGAGUUUUGGACUUGGAGACAUCUCCUGGAGAACUGAUUGGCCACGCCACCAAUUAUAUCCUUCAGAUGAUAGUCUCUGCUGCCUUUGCCCUCAUGAAGCUGUUGAAGAGUGAUUUCAGCCGUCAUAUCGACUUCGAUCACGGCAAAUUACUGUUCAAUGGAGCCAUCUCGGCCAUCCGACGGAUAAGUGUUAUGGAUCAUGAUCGCCCUGUUCGCCUGGCCGAUAUUUUGGCCCAGAUGUGGAAUGCAAACGAGGCAGCACACUCUCCGGGCGAUAAUAUCUUGGAGCUGAAAGUUCGCUGCAGAAUGAGCAUGAGUCAUGUCUAUGACACGGUCUGGCGCUGGCGGCAGAGAUUCAGGCCUAUGCGAAGCAUCGAGGACUCACAAGUCACAGUGGCCAACCCAAACAUAUCGGCGGCCGCAGGCACUAUCACCCGGCAGCAGGAUGAUACGCUAGAUGAAACUGGUUUGAUCUAUCCGCCCAAUUUCGACCAAGGGGCCUUCAUCAGUGAAGCAGGGUUCUCCGAAGUUUUUGAUUCCCUCAACUGGGUCUUUGAUGGGAUUCCCGAUUCUUUCGUUGCACCGCCGGUCAUGUAG